AUGAUUUCCAUCCCCAAGACCGCCUUGAUCGUGGGUGUCUUCCUGGCCCAACUCUCUUCAGCGGCUGUGAUCCAGCGACGAGAUGGCUACCAUUAUCGACCCCACGUGCUUCAUCCGGUCUGGGAUGACGAGGCAGCAACAGCCACCACGAGCACUACCAAAGUCGCCAUUCCCGAACCGAAAACCAACUCCCCAGCCACGCAGAGAUCUGCCAUCACCACCUCCAGCACUGCCCAAGCCGCAAGCCCCCGGUCCGAGGGGGCCCCCUGGCAACCAGCCGCCGGAUCUACCUGGCAAAUCGAACUGAGCGGCAUCGUGACCGACACCACAUAUGUGGCGGACGUGUGGGAUCUCGAUCUCUUCGAUGUCCCCCAGACGACCAUCGACGCUCUUCACGCCGCUGGCAAGAAGGUCAUCUGCUACUUUUCCGCGGGGAGCUUCGAAGACUGGCGCUCGGAUGCCGCCGACUUCCAAGAGACCGACAAGGGAUUGGCCAUGGAGGGCUGGGCGGGGGAGUGGUGGCUCGACACCCGUACCGCCAACGUGCGGUCCAUCAUGGCAUCCCGGAUCGCGCUCGCCAAGUCCAAGAACUGCGACGCCGUUGAUCCCGAUAACGUGGACGGCUUCGGAAACGCCAACGGGGUCGGCCUCACCGAGGCCGACGGCGUCGACUUCCUCAACUACCUUGCGGAUACCGCUCACGCGCAGGGCCUGUCCAUCGGUCUCAAGAACGCGGCCGCCCUCGUCGACUCCGUCCUCGACAAGAUGCAGUUCCACGUGAACGAGCAGUGCAUCGAGUACGACGAGUGUGGCCUCUUCACACCGUUCAUCAAUGCUGGCAAGCCGGUUUUCCACAUCGAGUACCCCGAGGUCGUUGCGAGUGCCCCCGCCGUCGACGCCGAGGUCAAGUCGCAGCGGUGCGUUGCUGCAAACAGCAGCGGCUUCUCCACCGUACUGAAGAAGGAGAACCUGGAUGCUUGGAUCGAUGCGUGCUAG